AUGGUGGACGACAUCAAACUGCUCAUGAUUGGUAUGAGCUCAGAGACAUAUCGAAUUGGAAACAAGGUUGCAAACAUCUGUCACGUACUCCUAGAUGAUCCAGCGAUCACGCAACAAAAUCUAGAAGCAUACCAGACUGAAUCUCUCGUGUACCAAAUCUUAGGAGAGCACCCUCGAAUUGGUCGGGUCGAACUUGAGUUCUAUCCCAACGGCAACUUGAAGGACUACCUUGAAAAGAACUAUUCGAGCACGACAGAAGUCGAUAAGAAACGCUGGGCUCUUCAAAUGAUCGAAAGCGUCUUCUACAUCCACUCAAAAGGUGUUCGACACGCAGACCUCCGGUUGGACCAGUGGCUUCUAGAUCAAGGGAACGCCCGACUGUGGAGGGCAGCGCAGGGCCUCGAAUGUUCAAGCCACUGGCUACCACGUCCGGAUGAUGUCGACAGUUCAGUGCAGACGGAUCUGUUCGCACUGGGCUCUUCACUUUAUGAGCUCAUGGCUGGUCAAAUGCCCUUUGCGCGUAUCGAUGAUCAUACAAUAGAUGUAAGAUACGCAGAACGCAUCUUUCCAACUACCGAGGGGCUAUCGUUAGGAAUCGAAAUCACAAGAUGCUGGAAUCAAGCAUUUACGACCGCCGAGGAAUUCUUGAAUACUGCAAGGAGCAAGCUCUCGGAGGCUACUGAAACGUCUUUCUCUGUAGACAUAACAAUGACUCCUAGUGGCAUGGGACGCGCAGUUGAGGAGGAAGACAUCCAUGCAAUUGUCGAUUCCUUGAACCAGAACGUGAAGCCAAAUGUGUACGAGUUUGAGCCAGCUGUGGAACAGAAAUCUUGCCCCACCAUCAACCAUCCGAUACGAUACCCUCACCGAGCACUUUAG